AACUUUCUAGAAAUUAUCAGACGUUUAUAAGACAGCUACCAGGGGCUAUUUUUACGUAAUAGUACCUCAAAUCUUUAAGCGAAAGCAGGCUCUAUUGUGAUAAUUGUUUAUUAAGGUUGUGAUCUAGUUAAAUUUCAAUAAAACAUGCCAAGACGUGGUCGUGCUUCUCCAUCACCCUCAAGGGGUGGCAAUUUGCCAGCUCGUGCACCCGCACCGGCUCCGGCCCCAGCUCCUGUUCAAGCAGCUCCAGCCCCAUCUCAGGGUCCCGGUCUUUUCGGUCAAAUGGCCGCCACAGCUGGUGGUGUUGCUGUUGGUUCGGCAAUUGGCCACACUGUUGGGGCUGCAGUUACAGGAAUGUUCAGCGGAGGCUCUAGUGAACCAGCACCUGCCCCAGUUCAGCAACAAGCCCCACAACAGCAAUAUGCCCAGGCAGGUGCUGGUCAAAAUGAACCAGCUGGACCUUGCGCAUGGGAGAUCAAGCAGUUCUUACAGUGUGCCUCCACACAAUCUGACUUGACCUUGUGCCAGGGAUUUAAUGAGGCCAUUCAGCAGUGCAAAAUUAAAUACAAUGUUGCAUAAAGUAGUAGUACUAGCUAAUUUUAGUAUUAUUCAGAUCACAUUAUUUUAUUUAGAUCAGAUUGAAAGCAGACAUGGGUCUAUACCCUUAGUUCCUGGAUUUUUUUUACUGUUUAUUAUAUUUUGAACAAAAUAUUUUGUUAUAGAUUAUGAAGGAAGAUGUAAUAAUAAAUUUCAAAUGAAUGUUA